UUCUAGUGGAGAGGAAAUGGAUGUGCCUGCCGACUGAAUCACUAACUAGCUCUGUCCGUAGUGCCAACUUACGUACCAUUUUAGGCCUGCUAGCAUCUUCAAGUCAACUCCUUGAGCGUGCCGAUUAUCCUUUUUGCCUGCCAACUUGACAGCUUCCCCAGCGGGUCGCCCUCAUGGUUACACGAUGAAGGUAGUUUCUUCUCCAAGUAUUUCAUGCGAGGCCUCUAGGAAUUUCACAACUUCAGGAAUUCCCUGCCGAUUCGCCGACAUCUAGUGACGUGCUAUUAGACCUCAUUUCGCGUUAUCCACGGAUUCGACGGCGGCUGGGUCCAGGAUUGAGGGAAGGUUUUCUUCAGCGUACUCCCUAAAAUGGGACUUAUCACGGAUCUUCCGAAGUCUCUUAGGUCCGCACGAUCAUGCCUUAAACAGCCAGGGAGAGUAGGGACAUUUUUUUCGCGACACGCAGUAGCGUACGACAAGCUCGGCGACCCCAUUCUUUACAGUCCGACCGCCGUUGAAGACUGCAAAAGCCACGGUGUAGACCGCGUUGACCUCGUUGAUCGCAUCGACCUGGCAGAUCUCCUGCCUCCGUCUAAGAAAGACCCUAAUAACAGUAACAAGUCAGCCUUUAGAGGAUCGUGCAGAAGAUGGAACUACGCGACAGCGUGCCUCCUGCUAGUAGCUCUCAUCAACCAAUAUCUUAGAGUCGCGCAUCAGCCGCUGAUCAAGCAAGACGAUCUUCUAUCCGACAUCAGGAUCGAAACGACACCCGCUAAUCAAGCUGUAUCCGAGGCGUCUCAGAAUCUGGUCAGGCGAAGCGAUUUACUAUCCGACAUUAGAAUCGAAACCAUGGCUGCUAGCGAUGGUGUCAACAGAACGAUCGAGCGGGGCCUGACGUUCCUCCAGCUCUGGGCUCAAGCUAACGGCGUCGAGCUGACGCGAAUAGCGACCGUUAACGUUGACGGAAACUUGUCCCGAAUCGCGACGGUCAACGUUGACGGAGACGGACACUUGUCAUCCCCGUCAACGACCGCAUUUUUCGCAGUACCUUUUACAGACCCGAGCCCUAACAUCAAGUGGAAAGACAUCUUCCCCGAAUGGAUUGACGAAUCUCGGAAAUCUUCUUGCCCGGAGAUCCCGGAACCAGCCUGGUUCGCAGACGAUUUCCGUCAAGCCGGCGUUGGCAACGACCAGAGAGAUAUUACUGCUGCGGAGCACUCAUCGUCUCCCUCGUUAGUGGCACGCUCGUUAUUGGGGUCGUUCGACGGCGUGGUGGCCUCGUUGCCGUGCGAGCAGCCAGCGGAUUCGUGGGCCAGAGACGUCAGGUGGCACCACCUCAUGCUCACUAUUGGCCGCCUGGUUACCAAGUCCACGUCAGCAAAGACGCCGGUGCUACUGUUCACCGAGUGCCGCCCGCCACCGAACCUCUUCCGCUGCCGCGAUCUGGUGAUGCACGAAGGGCCAAUCUGGCUCUACCACGUGGCACCCGACGCCAUGCGGGAGCGUCUGCAGCCAAUCGGAUCGUGCCAGCUGGCGCACCCAGCAACCCUGGCGAAAGGGGAGGUGGCGGAAGGGGAGAUUGCGGAAGUGAAAAUACAGGAGGCGCGAGUGGCGAGAGUUGCGCGGGUGGCAUACGCGUCGGUGCUGCAUACGACAGAGGACUACGUGUGCGGCGCGAUUGUACUCGCUAGGAGCUUGAAGAAAAGCGGGACUAAAGCGGAUCUGGUGCUGCUGGUGUCGCGAGAGAUCAGCGCCAAGAGCCGCAGGGGGCUGAAGAAGGCCGGAUGGCGGCUCAAGGAGAUCGAGCGGAUCAGGAACCCGCACGCCGUUCCCAAGACCUACAACGAGUGGAACUACAGCAAGCUGCGCCUGUGGCAGAUGGAGGAGUACGACAAGGUCGUCUUCGUCGACUCGGACAUCCUCGUCUUAAAGAACCUCGACUUCCUCUUCGGCUACCCCGAGCUCUCGGCCCGUGGCAACGCGCGGCACCUGUUCAACUCAGGCGUCAUGGUCCUAGAACCCUCCAACUGCACCUUCAAUCUCUUCAUGUCGCAUGUUACCACGUUAACCUCCUGUAACGGCGGCGACCAGGGGUUCUUGAACAAUGUUUUCGCGUGGUGGCACCGGCUGCCCGAGACGGUCAGCAUGCUGAAAUAUGCUUGGCACGGGGGCGGGAAGAAUAAGACCGAGCAGCGAGAGCAAAUGGACCGGGUAUUUUCAGCUGACCCGCCGAGGGUGCACGCGAUCCACUACCUGGGGAGGAAGCCGUGGCAGUGCUACCGGGAGUUUGACUGCACGUGGCUGUACCCGUGGGACCACCAGUAUGUGAGCGACGCUGCGCACGCGCGCUGGUGGAAGGUGCAUGACCAGAUGCGGGCGUCCCUGCAGGAGUACUGCUGGCUGCCCAACAGGUGGAAGGCGGAGAUGGAGUACAGAAGACGAGUGCUCAAGAAGGAGAAGGCUCCUGCUGCUUUCUGGAAUUUCACAGUCGCGGAUCCGAGGAGGGACCUGUGUGUGAAGGGGCAGACGACGUGCAACUGGCGGGGGUACCUCAAGCACUGGAAGAAACGAUGAGGGCAUGGGGUUAAUAUGCAUGGGUGUUAUGGGCAUAGGCCCUAGGUGUAAUGGGCAUGGGGCCUAGGAGCCAUGGGCGUAUGGCCCAGGUAUAAUGGGCGUAGGCGCCUUAAACACACACGGGACCCGUGGAGGGCCAGGCGACGUGCAACUGGCGGGGGUACCUCAAGCACUAGAAGGAACGAUGAGGGCAUGGGUGGGUGGGUGGGUGGGUGUGGUCGUGCAUAUGUACAUGGGCCUACUUUACAGGCUCGAUGCAGACAUAGUUUGUACAUGGUCUGCAAGCAAGCUCUAAUUGGCAAGGACUCUAGGUCGCAUAGGAAAGGCAGUUUUGCAGUGUAGAGUGUACAGUGUAGUUUGUGUCUCAUGCACCUGUUAUGGUAGCUCUGAUACAUGUGCUGCCAGCAUACUGUAAGUGUA